AUGUCUCCAAUUUCUAUCCCACAUGGAGCAGUUCAAGUCAUCGAUCCAUAUGAGGAAGUAUUUCUUUUGUACACUGAAGGCCGUCCGCUAGAAUGGAAGCAUAAUCGUGUUGUAUCCCAGAAGAAAAAUUAUGUCGAGGUCACAAUCGAUGAUCGGACAACCGUGAAUAUCGGACAAAGUCAAUCGCUCCUCUCCGCGCGGGGUACAACAGGAUCGGUACUGUGGGAUUCCAGUAUCAUGCUAUCAAGACUAAUGAUCACCAACCGAGAAUGGUUAGGUCUAUCAACUGAAAAAACAAAUGUCAUCGAACUGGGAUCCGGUUGUGGACUGACAGGCAUUGCACUUUCCUCACACGUGAGACUGAUGGCAUUGACGGAUCAAGCGUCGAUGAUACCUCACCUUUGGAAGAACGUCAAAAGAAAUCUAGGAAAUCAAAAUUCAAAAGUAAUUGUGACGGAGUUGAUGUGGGGUGAGGAUAUCGAUAAGGACAUCAUAAGACAACAUUGGGAUUAUGUUAUCGCGAGUGACUGCAUUUUUAAUGAAUCUAUAAAUGUUUCGUUUGUUGAGACUCUAGUUAAACUGUGCGGUGGUGUUGGCGGCGAUAACAGUAAAACGACUCGACCGGCAAGCACGAGCGAUGAAAGUGGCAGAGAAGAUCUUCAACGGACGGUGGUGAUUAUCGCCUUGGAGUUGAGGUCGGACGAAGUUCAUAGUAAUUUUUUGGAAGAGAUGACGGUAAAGAGAAAUUUCAUGAUGUGGAGGUUACCGACUUCAAUGUAUGGUUCGGAAUUUGAAAAGGGAUAUGCGGUCUACGUCGCUUGGAUUUGA